AUGGAGGAUCCUCAGAUCAAGCUGGUGGAAUACCAGGGAGACAAAUACAACGUCGUCAAGGAAGGCUUGGCCAAGAUUCUUAAUCCGCCCGCCCAAGAGGCUGCUUCGAAAGGCACGAAGAAGGAUCUCAAAGGCGAUGACCAAGUGCAAUCCGUCUUCUACAACCCAAUUCAACAAUUUAAUCGCGACCUCAGUGUGCUUGCCAUUCGCGCUCACGGAGAGCAUAUUAUCGACCUGAAGAAACAAAAAGCGGCCCAGAAGCUGAAGAGGCAGGCAGGCAAUGGGGAAAAGAAACGGAAGCCCGGUCCCCGCUCCCCGGCUGAUCAAGAACCGAAAUCAGAAGCCCGACCAGAGCAACCCGCAACUUCCUUCACUGUUCUUGAUGCUCUGUCUGCAACUGGGCUCCGCGCUCUCCGCUAUGCCUCGGAGCUUCCGUUUGUCACAAAGGUCGUGGCUAAUGACCUGUCACGGUCAGCAAUCAAGUCCAUGAAGAAGAAUAUUGAGUACAACAAUCUUAACACGAUUCAACCCAAUCUGGCCGAUGCCCGAGUUUACAUGUAUGGGCUCGACGAUGCGAGCAAGUUCGACGUCAUUGAUUUGGAUCCAUAUGGCACAGCAUCUCCGUUUUUGGAUGCCGCAGUGCAAGCAGCCAAAGAUGGCGGCCUUUUAUGUGUUACUUGCACUGAUGCCGGUGUCUGGGCCUCGACCGGCUAUUCGGAAAAAGCAUUCUCUCUGUAUGGCGGUAUCCCUAUGAAAGGCCUCCACUCCCACGAAGGUGGCCUGCGAUUGAUCUUGAAUGCCAUUGCCAUGUCUGCAGCUAAGUAUGGAGUGGCCAUCGAGCCAUUAUUGUCUCUGUCUAUCGACUUUUAUGCUCGCGUCUUUGUUCGGAUCCAUCGAUCUCCCGCCCAGGUCAAGUUCACCGCGGGCAACAUGAUGCUCGUUUACAAUUGCGAUGUCGGUUGUGGCGCAUGGUCAACACAACCCAUUGGGUCUACUAGAUCCAAAUUGGACCGCAAGGGAAACCCCAUAUACCACCACGGUCUAGCCCAAGGGCCCGCAGUUGGACCGCACUGCGAGCAUUGCGGCACGAAAACACAUCUUGCAGGACCCAUGUGGGGUGGUCCGCUACACAAUCCCGACUUUAUCCAGAAGAUUUUGGACAUGCUUCCUGGAGCUGAUCGCGACACAUAUCAGACCUGUGAUCGGAUUGAGGGAAUGUUGACCACUGCCCUUGAAGAGGAUUUGGACCUAACGCCAUCUAACUCCGAGCCAUCAAGUCCUAAACAACCUGCGCCAAGCAAAAAGAACCAGCAUGAUCCUGCAUACCCUGCCAUCAUCCCUCGAAUGGACGUUGCCGCUCGGGAAAAAUACCCUUUCUUCCUUACACUCAGUGCUCUCGCCAAGGUUAUCCACGCAACCACCAUUCCAAUCGACGAGUUCCGCGGUGCUCUCAGCCACCUGGGAUAUCGUUCCACUCGUAGCCACACGAAGCCAAACUCCAUCCGCACCGAUGCACCCUGGGAGGUGAUUUGGGAGAUCAUGCGCGAGUGGGUCCGUCAGAGAUCGCCUAUCAAGGAGGCCUCCCUGAAGCCUGGAACCCCCGGUGCAGCGAUUAUGAGCAAGGGCCGUGAAAACCUGCGUAAAUUGGGCGAUGAGGAUCAAUGGCUAUCGCUCCUCAAACAGGACCUGACGUCUGCCGUUGAGGCUGGCAGAGAUGUCAGUGACUUGGUCACCAAAGUCGAAGCGGCUCUCUACCGGUCCGGAUCGCGAACCUCCUGGCAACGUGCUCCUGCUCUUGCUCCUGCAGAGCCUCAUCCCGAUGCCGAUCCCCAGCCUGUACCGGAAAAGGAAAAGGCACCUGCACAGCCCUUCAAGCGGCCCCAUCCCAGUACCCUCGAGGUGGUGUUUGAUGAGACUUUAGGUCGUCAGGUGUCUGCUGCGCAUACCAAGAAACGAUUGGUGCGGUACCAGCUCAAUCCUCGUGCUAACUGGGGUCCUCUCAACCGUGCGGGGCGCUGA